AUGGCCUUUCUACGGCUACAGUGCAGCAUGCGGUCCAAACAAGGAGCCCCCGUGGAGGGUGAGGCCGCUGGGGAGGGGCUGUUGGAGAAAAGGGUGGUCCUCUGGCUCAGCGCCUCGCACGGUGCCCGGAGCAGCGCCGUGCCGUCCAGGAGAGCUUUCCGCAGCGAUGGAAAUGCCUCGUGCUGUCGGGUCCAGUUAAGUAGCCUGUCUUUGGGAGACCCGGCGCCCGGACGCAGGCCUUCUUCCCACCUCCGCCAGCCCUCUGACGCCUCUGACGCCUCUGACGCAGCAGGUCUUGUUCAGCGCUGUGUCAUCAUCCAAAAGGACCAGCAUGGCUUCGGCUUCACCGUCAGCGGGGAUCGUAUCGUCCUGGUGCAGUCCGUGCGGCCCGGAGGGGCAGCCAUGAGAGCUGGUGUCAAAGAAGGCGACCGGAUCAUCAAAGUGAACGGCACCAUGGUGACCAACAGCUCCCACCUGGAGGUGGUAAAGCUUAUCAAAUCUGGUGCCUACGUUGCACUGACCCUCCUGGGCUCUUCCCCCUCAUCCGUCGGCGUCUCUGGGCUGCAACAGGACCCAGCCCCAGCCGGAGCCCCCCGAGUCGCCCCCACGGUCCCACCACCUCCUCCGCCUCCGCCUCCGCCCCCUCCACAGCACAUCACGGGGCCCAAACCACUGCAGGAUCCCGAAUUCCAAAAACAUGCCACCCAGAUCCUUCGGAAUAUGCUGAAGCAGGAGGAAAAGGAGUUACAGCGGAUCUGCGAGGUGUACAGCCGGAACCCCGCCAGCCCGCUGGAAGAACAGAUGGAGGGCGCCCGGAGGCGCGUCACUCAGUUACAGCGGAAGAUCCAGCAGGAGACGGGUGGCUCUGCGGACCUGCUGUCCCUGUACGGUGACACCGGCCAGAGGUCGUCAGAAGGCCGGCUCUCUCUGGAUUCCCAGGAGGGGGACAGCGGCUUGGACUCUGGGGCAGAGCGCUUCCCCUCCCUCGGCGAGGUGCUGAAGAAUCGGAACUCGGCACUGUCAGACCCUGGGCUGGACAGUCCCCGAACCUCCCCUGUGAUCGUGGCCAGGGUGGCCCAGCACCAUCGGCGGCAGGGCUCGGACGCACCGGUGCCCGGCGCCAGCGACCAGGGCACAGACCAAAGCCCAAAGCCUUUAAUUAUUGGCCCAGAGGAAGACUGUGACCCGGGUUAUUUCAACAACGAGAGCGACAUCAUAUUCCAGGACCUCGAGAAGCUGAAGGCCCGGCCAGCCCACCUGGGGGUUUUCCUGCGGUACAUCUUCUCUCAGGCGGACCCCAGCCCGCUGCUUUUUUACUUGUGUGCCGAAGUUUAUCAGCAGACAAGCCCCAAGGAUUCCCGAAGCUUGGGAAAAGACAUCUGGAAUAUUUUCCUAGAGAAAAACGCGCCACUGAGAGUGAAGGUCCCAGAGGUGUUGCAGACUGAAAUUGACUCACGUCUGCGCAGCAGCGAGGACGUCCGCGCUGCCCUCCGGGAAGCCCAGGAGGCGGCCAUGCCCGAGAUCCAGGAGCAGAUCCAGGACUACAGAACGAAGCGCACCCUGGGGCUGGGCAGUCUGUACGGUGAGAAUGACCUGCUGGACCUGGACGGCGACCCUCUCCGAGAACGCCAAGUGGCCGAGAAGCAGCUGGCUGCCCUGGGAGACAUCCUGUCCAAGUACGAGGAGGACAGGAGCGCCCCCAUGGACUUCGCCCUCAAUACCUACAUGAGCCACGCCGGGCUCCGUCUUCGAGAGGCACGGCCUUCCGGCGCAGCCGAAAAGGCUCAGGCAGCUCCUGACAAGGACAAGUGGCUGCCCUUCUUCCCAAAGACCAAGAAGAGCAGCAAUUCCAAGAAAGACAAGGAAGCCUUGGAGGACAAGAGGCGAAACCCUAUCCUCAAGUACAUCGGGAAGCCCAAAGGCUCUUCGCAGAGCAGUGACAGAGUACCCUUCAUUGUCUUUCUGCUUCCAGUCAAACCAGGCAACGUGAGGAACAUCAUUCAGCACUUUGAGAACAACCAGCCGUAUGACGCCCCAGAGCCCGGGACGCAGCGGCUCUCCACAGGAAGCUUUCCCGAGGACCUGCUGGAAAGCGACAGUUCACGCUCAGAGAUUCGCCUGGGCCGCUCGGAGAGCCUGAAGGGCCGGGAGGAGAUGAAGCGGUCUCGGAAGGCGGACAACGUGCCCCGCUCUCGCAGCGACGUAGAUAUGGACGCGGCCGCGGAGGCCGCCCGCCUCCACCAGUCAGCUUCGUCCUCUGCCUCCAGCCUCUCCACCAGGUCUCUGGAGAACCCAACCCCGCCCUUCACCCCCAAGAUGGGCCGCAGGAGCAUCGAGUCCCCCAGUCUGGGGUUCGGUGCAGACGCCCUCCUCCCCCACCUCCUAGAGGACGAUCUGGGCCAGCUGUCUGACCUGGAGCUGGAGCCGGAUGCCCAGAACUGGCAGCACGUGGUGGGCAAGGACGUGGUGGCUGGGCUAAGCCAGAGAGAGAUCGACCGGCAGGAGGUCAUCAACGAGCUGUUUGUGACAGAAGCCUCCCAUCUGCGCACGCUCCGGGUCCUGGACCUGAUCUUCUACCAGCGAAUGAAGAAGGAGAACCUGAUGCCCCGGGAGGAGCUGGCCCGGCUCUUCCCCAACCUGCCUGAGCUCAUAGAGAUCCACAAUUCCUGGUGUGAGGCCAUGAGGAAGCUCCGGGAGGAGGGCCCCAUUAUCAAAGACAUCGGUGACCUCAUGCUGGCUCGGUUUGACGGCCCCGCCCGGGAGGAGCUCCAGCAGGUGGCCGCGCGGUUCUGCUCCCACCAGUCCAUAGCACUGGCGCUCAUCAAGACCAAGCAGCGCAAGGAGAGCCGGUUCCAGCUCUUCAUGCAGGAGGCCGAGAGCCACCCUCAGUGCCGGCGGCUGCAGCUCAGAGACCUCAUCAUCUCGGAGAUGCAGCGGCUCACCAAGUACCCGCUGCUGCUGGAGAGCGUCCUCAAGCACACGGAGGGUGGCACGUCUGAGCACGAGAAGCUGUGCCGGGCCCGGGACCAGUGCCGGGAGAUUCUCAAGUACGUGAACGAGGCCGUGAAGCAGACGGAGAACCGGCACCGUCUGGAGGGUUACCAGAAACGCCUGGACACCACCUCCCUGGAGAGGGCCAGCAACCCUCUGGCGGCGGAGUUCAAGAGCCUGGAUCUGACAGCCAGAAAGAUGAUCCACGAGGGGCCCCUGACCUGGAGGACCAGCAAGGAUAAGACCUUGGACCUGCACGUGCUGCUGCUGGACGACCUCCUGGUGCUGCUGCAGAAGCAGGACGAGAAGCUGCUGCUCAAGUGCCACAGCAAGACGGCCGCCGGCUCCUCGGACAGCAAGCAGACCUUCAGCCCUGUGCUCAAGCUCAACGCCGUGCUCAUCCGCUCCGUGGCCACAGACAAAAGGGCCUUCUUCAUCAUCUGCACUUCCGAGCUGGGCCCCCCCCAGAUCUAUGAGCUGGUGGCUCUGACGUCGUCAGACAAGAACACGUGGAUGGAGCUCUUGGAGGAGGCCGUGCGGAACGCCACCGGGCGCCCCGGAGCCGCCCCGGCACCCGCCCAUCCCCCACCCACCGGCGCCCAGGAGCCGGCCCACCAGAGCUUCACACCCAGCAGGGUGGGACUGGAUGGCUCGGAAGUGUUCCACGGCGAACCAGGACCUGAGGAGCUGUCUGGAGGCCCUGGGCCACAGCAGAGGGUCAAGGGGAAGCACCCGGUCCGGCUAGAGGAUCCCGAGCAGGAGGGCAGCACAGAGGAGGAGCUGGGUGCCUUGUCCCACCCUCCCGCAGCCCUGGGUGCAGAGAACAGGGGCCGCAGGACCAGGGGUCCCAUCCUCCUGUCCCUCCCAGGACCUCUGGUUACGGAAGGGCUCGCUGAUGCAGCCCUCCAAGAUGUGGAGAGCCUGCGGCGCCUGAUCCUGUGGGGCCUGCUGCCCGGUCACCCCGCGGAAGCACAGGCGUCCGGAGAGCCCGAGGCCGACCGGACACCCACGCCUUCCCUCGUGAGCAGCGCCUCUCAGCCCCGCGACCCCGGCUCCCCCAGGCCGGAGAGGGAUCAGCCAGAGCAGGAGGACACGGCUCUCUGUUCCCUGGAGCAUCUGCCCCCACGGGCCAGGAAUUCCGGGAUCUGGGAGUCCCCCGAGCUGGACAGGAAUCCAGAGGAAGAGACUUCAAACACAGAGGCAGCAGGAAGCUACAAAGUUGUGAGAAAAGCCGAGGUGGCGGGUGCCACAGCUGUCCCCGCGCUACCCGAGAGUGGCCAGUCGGGGCCUGAGCCAGCCGAAGCAGAAGGCGGAGCCGAGGCUGCGGGGAACUGUUUUUACGUCAGCAUGCCAGCGGGACCCCCAGACUCAAGCACCGACCCCUCGGGGGCACCCACAAGCCCCGCCCAGCCCCACAGCCUCCCUGACUGGCAGACGGAGCCUCGGCCCCGGUGCCAGGGCAGCCGCAGGCGCCCCAGCCGUUCCCCGCCCGGCCUGGCCUUCAGGGACGCGAGCAGCAUCUUCCAUACCAUCGAGCAGCUCACCAUCAAGCUCCACAGGCUCAAGGACAUGGAGCACGCCCACAGAGAGCUGCUCAGGUCCCUCGGGGGAGACUCGUCUGGUGGCACCACACCCGUGGGCAGUUUCCACGCAGAGGCGGCCAGAUGGACAGACAGCUCCCUGUCCCCUCCGGCCAAGGAGCCCCUGGCCUCAGACUCCAGGGACAGGCACCAGCCAGGGCCGUGCUCUGAGGACGGCUCCGACACACCCCUGGAAGAGUGCACGGCCCACGCAGCCUCGUGCCCAGGACUCUAA